AGCAAACCGAUGCCUGAGGGCCAUCAUGAGCAUUGUGAAAAGUGUUACAAUGUCCACUGUCAAGUCCCGGUGCAGAUCUGUGUCUCAUGCAUGGUCAUCAAGUGUCGUAAAAACUGCGGCGCCGCCUUCCAUAUGUGCAAGCAAGAGGAGCACGAGCAUCUCUGUUCCAAUGAGAUAGUCCCCUGCCUCAAUUUCAACUAUGGCUGUCCUCUUACCAUGCUGCGCCACAGGCUGACCAAACACCUGGAGGUUUGUCCUGCCAGCGUGGUCUGCUGCUCUCAGGAGUGGAACCGCUGGCCUGUUUCAGAAACUGACCUGACCUUCUACAAAAAUGUUUCAGAAAGCCCUCAAACUGAGGGAAACCUUGAUGUUGCUCUGGCUCUCAGGGACCAAGAGCUGCUGUUUCGAUGCAUCAAGAUGAAGAACGUUUUUCCUGAGUUGAUGGAGAAGGAUCGUGCCCUGGAGGAUGUUUCUGCUGGGAUCAACAGUCCUGCAGAUGAAGCAACCUGUUCUUUAGAUUGUGAGGAUUUCCUGGAAAAUGGCUGCACAAGGAUGGAGGAAAAAGAACUGAGCCAAGAGGAGAUGGAUGCUUUGGCAAAGAGCAGGGAAGUGGAUGGUAUUCAGAACUACAGCUCUUGGGAAAAAAUAUUCAACAACGAGAUGGGGGGACAGCAAACUGUCAAAAACCUGAAUAAGAAGGAAGGAAAAGAAAAAGCAAAGGAUGAGCAAGAAUCAUCAAACUGUCAGGGGGAAGCAAGAGACUCCCACCUUAACCAAGAGAAUGCUGCUGCUGCUCCAAGCAUGGGUGGUGCAACUGGCUUUGCACCGUGGCAAGACGGAGUCCUUGAGAGGUUAAACAAGGAAGUCAACAUUGCUGAAUACAACAUGUAUAUGGUGCACAAUGGGGCGAUGUUGAUCAACUUUGGCCAACUUGCUGCUUGCACCCCAAGAGAAAAGGAUUUUGUUUAUGGCAAAUUGGAGCCCAUCGAGGUUCAAACUGUGCGCUCAUUUAAUGUUCCUACAAGCUAUCGAGCAAAGCGCAAUUAUCUGAAGGACCACAAACAGAAGGUCAAGAUCAGUGCCAGUGUUGACACUGCAGAUUUGGACGUGUCAGUCGAGGAUCUUCCGAAGUGUGACGAGGUUAGCGCCACACUCCUGCACUCCCUGGAAAAGGAACUGAAAGGACAUUUAAUCUCAGAGAGUGUGGGGAGAGACGGUCUUUACGUAGAUAUAGGAACACAAACGUACAACUUUGCCUCUGCUCCGUUCAAAACCAAUGCAACCCUCGCUGAUGUCAUCGCAGACAAACCUCAUGGUCUUCAUGUACACGUUGAAGCAGAGUCCGUCACCAGAAGACACAACAAAGCAAGUUCAGCCUUCAGCUACAUGUGUGGCCACUUCUUCCGGCGUGAUGAAUAUUGCUCUCAUUUCAGGAAUGUGCACUCCGACAUACAGGCUUCUCUAAACGGCUGGUUCCAACACCGCUGCCCGUUAGCAUACCUCGGCUGCGCUUUCACCCAGACGAGGUUUCGCCCCGCAGGUCAGCAAGCUACAAUCAAAUUCUGUCAAGAUGUCAGCGCCUUUGUCCUCCAGCCAGAGGUCCCUUCAAUCCUCUUUAAAGGUGGAAAAACCUUCAGCCCUCACAUAAACACUGCACAUAAUCUGGAUCCCCUCAGCAACCUGCCCCUGGAGAUCCUUCAACAUAUUGCUGGUUACCUUGACAGUUUUACAUUAUCUCAGCUGUCGCAAGUCUCCCAUCUGAUGAGAGAGGUGUGUGCCAUAUUGUUGCAGGAGAGGGGGAUGGUCUCCCUCAAGUGGAAGAAAAAGACAUAUUCCCAUGGGGGAAGCUCCUGGAAAUGCAGAAAGAAAGUUUGGGAGUUUAGCUCUCUGUUUUCCUCUGUGGACAGAUGGAACUUCAGCAACAAUCCUUCCAUGUCGGAUCACCUAAAAACCUGCUGCUUUUACCAGCGAGAGGAGCGCACUGAGCCUGUGGCUUUAGCCUGCCUGGGAGAGGUCAGAGACAAACACGGAGAAGUGAAGCAUAAAAGAUAA